AGAAGCACGUCAAAUAGUCGUGACAUCACCACCACAUUUUAUUCUCCGUUCACAAGCAGCACGAAGAGGGCCUGUCCACUGCGACGAAAGAAUAGCAGAAAUGAAUAGGAGAAGAAAUGAAC